GAUACAGUCUUACUGUAUUUUGCUACACUCCUUGAGAGAAAGGAAAGCAGAAUGCGUGCAAAAUCCUUCGAAAUAUGAAUCAGAUGACUUGACCAGACUGUUUGUAAGGUUUCCCUACAUUAUGUGGGAGGACAAGGUGGUGAUUUGACUACAUUAUGUCAGGCAGUUUCGGUCAUAGACACUAUAGUACGUGAUUUCGGGAGCUGUUGUAUUAUUUCACUGUGGUAGAGCGGUUUGCACAGUUCGCGCAUGCGCGUCAGCACCAUUCCGAUGAACUGGAGUUAGGUGGGUGUGGGGGGGUCGAGCACAGACUCCCUCAUCCAUGGCUGCGGAGAGUUUCAGCGCAUCAACAAGAAAAGAAAACUUAAAGACUAUGUAUUUUAAAAGCUGAAACGCGCGUUCGCACCGAUUCGAUGAUUUCGGAAGCUCGCGCAGGACCUUUUUCUUCCUGACAGGAAUCUGAGCGCGCGGCGGGCGCGAGCGCUCGGUCUUUCUGCGGACGCAGUGAAAUGAAUUAAAUUCUAUUGUGAUGUAAAAAUGAAGUCGGAAGCGAGCAAGGGCUGACAAACGGAGUUUAAAAGUAAGACCACUGCCCGGAAAACUGGUACACGAAAUCAGAUUUGACUGCUUAUUUGCAAAUGUAAAUUUUUUUAAAGGCUGGAAAAGUUGUGGUGUCGUUCCUUCAAUCUGACUGGCAGAAACAUCCUUGGACGGAGUUCAUUGGUUGACCGAGUUACUGAGGGGCGACCUCGUCCAUUCUUUUCCCGCAACAUUCCAGCGAUGGAUAAUAGUUUUCCAGGCAGCAACAGUGCCGUGAUCCAAAAGGGAAAGUUCGUAUUCGUCGAGGCUCAGUUGCAGGGUGGAGCGCCCUGGGGUUUCACGCUCAAAGGUGGGCUUGAACACGACGAGCCGUUAAUCAUAUCGAAGGUAGAGGAGGGCGGGAAGGCGUCUCUGUUGCAGCACCCCCUGCAGGUGGGAGACGAGGUGGUCAUCAUUAAUGAGUUGGAGUUGAACGGAUGGAGGCAGGAGGCCAUAUCUCUCGUUAAAGGAUCGUACAAAACGCUGCGGCUCACGGUGCGAAGAGAGUGUUGUCCAGGUCCUGGCUGUCCUGACCAGCGUCCUCUCAGUCCUUCCAGAGACGGCAGAUGCAGCGGAGGAGUGAAACUACGCAUCAAAAACAGACGGAGUGAGCCCGGAUCCCGACCUCAUUCCUGGCAUUCUACGAAGCUGGGCGAGGUCCCUCAGGACUCAGACAGCAUGAUGCAAGUCACCCAGGGUGGUGUGGGAGCCCCCUGGCACCAGAGCUACCACUCCAGUGCCUCAAGCACAGACCUAUCAGGAUUUGAGUCAGGAUUCCUUAGGAAGAGCCCAGAUCAGUACAGUUCCCGAGGCAGCAUGGAGAGCCUAGAUCACACUCACCCAACCUACAGCUCCUGCUAUCAACUAUCAUCAUCCAAAUCCUCCAGCAGCAUUGAUCACCUGCACAGCAAGCGGGAUUCUGCAUAUAGUUCCUUCUCGACCAGCUCCAGUAUCCCAGAGUACCUUGCGGCAGCUCCAUCAUUUAACAAAGAGAGGUCAUAUUCCAUGGAGAACGUUCCACAGAGAGAAGGGAUGCAUCAAGCUGAUAUACGCUACAUACGCACUGUGUAUGACCCCCAACAGGGUGUAUCUGAAGAGCAUGAGAUCAGCUCUGCUGCUGUUAUGAGAUCCAAUGACAGCAGAGCACAGUCUAGAAGUGGGAAUGUCUCAGGCCAGAUCUGUCACCGUGGCAGCAGUAGUAGUGGAAGCAAUGGGAGUAGUGGAAGCACCUCCAGCUCACAGCGCCACAGUGUUGGGCCAGUCUGGGAUCCAGUGCACAACCGGCGUUCCUAUGAGAACCUAAAGGGGGUGCCAGCACCUCCAUUACGCAGUGACAGCUAUGCAGCAUUUCGCAAUCACGAUCGUCCCAACUCUUGGUCGAGUCUUGAACAUGCUCGUUCACAGCGGGCACUUCAUAAGGGUUCCUGGCAUCACUCAAGUGGUUCUGUGGCAACAGGAAAGUCCUCGUUUGGGGCUGAAGGUCAGUUGCACACAGUCAUAGAAAAGAGCCCUGAAAGUAGCCCCACUACCAAACCCAAACAGGGUUUUCCUCAGGCCGCACAACCCGGUCGCCUCAUGUUACCCACUGGCAUCUACCCUGUUCCACCUCCUGAGCCUCAUUUUGCACAAAUUCCAACCAGCAACCCUAGCUCUGGUAGUGUCUACCCAGCACUGGCCAAGGAGAGCAAGCACAACCAUCACUGUGACCACUUGGGUGGACCAGUGAAAGAGGACAGGGUCACCAUUGAAAAUGGAUACCAAAGCAAUGCUCCUAGCUCAAAUCCUGUCCAAACCCAUGUUUCGGCACAACCAAAGCUCUCCGAUAGGGUGCAAGAUGGCACUCAAGUUAAACCUGGUUUUAAUCGGCCUCACUUGCAACCACAAAUCCAGAAGUCACAAACACCAUAUGUACCCCAGGAGAGGAGGGACCCUUACACCCCGGUGCAACCAAGAGGAGAGAGACCAAGGUUCUCACUUGGUAUGGAGGAUUACGACAAUUACAGGCCACCUCAAGAUGAAGAACUAAAUAAAUGCAAUGAGCAAAGCAUCCAUCCAGACCCAGGACACACUGGGAAAAUUUCACAGGGACAAGUUGCUCAGACAUACAGAGGAAACUUCACUCAAACGCAAGGAAGUGACCACAUAGUUAAACCUUCAAGGUACUACAGUGACUCUAGUGCUCUCCAGCAGAAAGCGCAAGACCUGGAUCAUCCCCUGACCAGACUGGAGAAUGCACUUGUUGAGGUUCAACGAUGUGCCAGUCCCGAGAGUACAACUAGUCAAUCCAGUUUCCAAAGUGAGCGUAGCAUGUCCGUGCUGGAGAAAGUAAGUCAUUUUGAGAGACAGCAAGUCAAGCCUCGCAGUCAUAGCAGCCUCUCCCACCAUGGUUCUACGGCUCGUCCGAGCCAAACGCCACGACCUUCCAGUGCCAAGAGCUCCUUCUCUGGUGUAGAGGAUGUGCGCAACAUGUUGGAGAGCAGCAACAGUUCAGUCCCUCAUGGGAGAACUCAAAGUACUUCUAGCAUGGCAAGUUAUGAUGGACACACGGAUGUGCAUCAGGAUUUCCUAACAAGACGUGGAAGUAGUGAUCAUGUCCAACAUCGCCAGCAACAAGAGCCUUUCGUUACUCACAAGACCUGUCUUCAAAGAAGUAAGAGCACCUUUCAGCUUGGUGAAGGGAAUGGAAAAGACAUCCAUAAGAAAGGUGACAUUCAUGACAUAUUAGGCACCAUCCAAGACACAUCUUUUAACAGAGCAUACAGAGACAGUGUUAAAGAUGCCCAGUCUAAAGUUCUGAGGUCAACUUCUUUCAGGAGACGUGACCUUAGUGUUAACCCUCCACCAGUGCCAGCUAAACACAUGUCUCUAGAACGAAAAGGACCCAGUACAAGUCCCAAACCAGCUAUAACAUCCCCACACACUCCAAAGGAACGCCAUGUUGUUCCUGUUGAAGCACCAAGCAGACCCAAUCCUCCUGAACUCCCCAGUGUCCCAGCUGUUGGACCCCCAGUUAUGCGCAUCUGUGGACGCAAACGAUUCACAAUGGAGCAAAAGAAACGAUCGUAUUCUGAGCCUGAAAACAUGCAUGAAGUUGGAGUGUUGACUCAGGAAACCAAUCCGGGUGACAAGAAACUUCAACAGCAGUUUCUGGCAAGUGAAACGAGUGUUGCGGACAGACGCAGGAUGUUCGAGCAGGUGGCGAAUCGUAACUCUGACCCCAGAUUUUCCUCCUCCAGGCCUGAGUUGAAGCAAAUGCAACAAGAUGCACUUGUUGAGUAUAUGGAGCGCAAAACAGGUAGAAGAGUAGACGGACAUUCAAACCGCCCACAUAGUGCUUAUCUACAGUCUGCUUCUUCCUCUUCUGCUGACUUGCGUAGCCUAAUCUCCACCCCAAGUAUGUCCUCUUUGCAAGAGCCAGCAUACGAUGGCCUCACUGGUGGUAUACUUAAAGCCUCCACCCUUCCAGCAGGAAUGCAAAGCCCCUUUUACCCCCCAAAUCACAUACAGCCUGAGGUUUUUGGCCUGCAGUCACAAGGCACAAAUCCUGAAUCUUACAAAUCAGGCCCAGCCCUGACCAGACAUAACCUUCCACAGCACUUGAAAGCCGCUUUUGAGAGAGCCACCUCUGCCAGGAGCUCAGGGAGGUCAGCUUCAGCUGAGGAUUUGCUGGACCGUAGUGAAGAACGUCCCGUUCCUCAGCAUUUCCGCUCCAAGUCAUCUCCAGUGGAGAACGUUAGUCAGGACUUCUUAGCCAGAGACCUUCAGCUGUUGAGAGUUUCCUCCAAGGAAUCCUCUGAAAACAGGGUUUUGGCGAACACAGGACAGAUACAGCCAUCAUGUUCAGCACGUACGGAGAGGAGUUACCAGCUAAACCCAGGUCCUGUCCAGCAAAACGCACCUGUGUUGAGGCGUGAGCGUCAGAGACAUUCAGACCGGCCUAGAGCUCAGAGUGCUUCAGGUCUGGCUGCGUCUGUGGGACUCCCUUGCCCUUUCACCUCUCCAGGCACUGCCGCCAGCCUUGACUGGCAUAACGGAGACAGACUGUGUCAGCCCAACCUGGAUUCUAUUGCAUUUCCCGAAACUGGCCCACAAGGUCCGUCCGGAGCACCAGGAAUGCUGCGGCAAAACUCCAGCGACACCAGCACUUCUGAAGACACUCUGAAGGACUUCCCAUGUGCACCUCCACAUCCAGAGGUCACGGGGUCACAACUUGAUUCAAGGCUCCUUCCCAAGAGCCCGGUUUCCCCAGCAAAGCCUCUUCUCUCUCUUCGGAUCUCAGAAUCUAACCUUCAAGAUGUUCAGAGUAUACCUGUGUCGCAAGAUGAUGAUGAAGUGUUUUUAGCACCUCCGCCACCAUCUCCUCCUCCACCACUGCCCAUCAGAGAGACGGAGAUUAUGGAGGACUUCCCGCCUCCUCCACCUCUCACACCUCCAGUCGAGGAGAACGUGGAAGUGUCUUUACAGCAUCCGGGACCAUUACGGCCCAUCAGCAAUUGUGAGAAUCUGACUGAGCCAACAGCUCAUCCAGAGCCUGAGCGACCAUCAAAUGACUGCACGACUCCAUCGGUGAGCCCUGACAUCACCAGCGCUGCCUCUCUAGAGCAGGACGCCUCUGAGAUCCUGGGACCCGACUGCCAUCUGCUGUCCAGACGAGAGCGGACACAAGCCGAGCUGCUCGUGGAGGCUUUAGCUCGAGAGCUGGUGAGCCACGACAGAUCGCUCACCUCGCUCCUGGACACCUGGGCAGGAAAAACCACCCUCGAUCUGAUUGAGGACCUCUUCCCUUCACACAGGACGAUCAGUGGCGGCAGCCAUUUGAGUGACAGGGCUCAAGAUGGUCCUGAUACUCCCUCUCAGGCUGUUCCAAGAAAAAUGGAAACCAACUUGGACGACGAAGAAGCUUACUUGAAUCAGAAGAAGGUGGAGCUGUUGCAGGCGCUGCAGGUGAGCAUGCGGUCGCUGCAGGGGGAGAGAGACGGGCUCUCGGAGCAGCAGAAGCGCUUCACGGCUCUAGGCGGCAGCAUGGAGGCUUUAGUUCAGGAGCGCUGCAAACCCAAUGAGAAAGAGAAGUACCUCAUGUUCGUCGGAGACCUGGAGAAGAUCGUCAACCUGCUGCUGUCGCUGAGCGCUCGACUCGCACGCGUGGAAAACGCUCUCAGCGGCCUGAGCGACGACGACACUGCAGAAGAGAGGGAAUCGCUUCAGCUGAAGAGGAAGCAGUUGUGCAGUCAACAGGAAGACGCUCGCGAGCUGAAGGAAAACCUGGACCGGCGCGAGCGAGUGGUUCUGGACAUUCUGGCGGGUUACCUGAGCGGCCCGCAGCUGCGCAACUACCAGCGAUACAUCCGCGUCAAACCCGCCCUUCUGAUUCGCCAGCGCCACCUGGACGAGCUCAUACGGCAGGGGGAGGAGCAAGUGCAGAGGUUGGAGGAGACCCUCCCCCCUGAGUCCCGCCCAAAGGACACUGACUCCGCCCAUCAAACGGCACAUUGCUUUAACUCCACCCACUUGCCACGUCCCACCACUGUGACCUCACUCUGACUCCGCCCAUCGCUUACAGCUGCGGACGAAUCAGAAUCAGUGACACUGACUAGAAGCAAUGCACACUGAGAAGUGCCUUAAAUGAAGGAAAUGACUUUUUCCGACUUUUUAAAGUAUGGAAGACAAUAACUGGUUUAUCUACAUUAAACAAAUACACAGCACAUUUACACUACAUACUAAGCGUAUAGCACAACACUGAAGCACAAGCACAAUGCUAGUUCAAAGGCACAAAAUGCCUCAUUGUGAUUGGCCGAAACACGAAGAACUUCCAGCCCUGAGCACUUAGGAACACAUAAACCACUAUGACGUCACAAAGACAAGAAACAAUUGAACACACAAACACUUUCUGUCUAUCUGAAAUUCCUGUCGUCGAUAAAAGCGACAGCUGAUUAUUUAUGAUUUUACGUUGUUUAGAAACAAUUUUUUACUCCGUACGUUGCUGUACAUACUCAAUCCCCUCGUGAUUUUACAAUGUAGAUGGUUAAAAAGCAGAAUAGAUAUUGUAUUUUUGUAAGCAAAUGACUAGCGAGGGUGUUUUUGGGCGGCUUUAGCAGGUGCUUUUAUAUCUAAAUCAGAGACUAUAAUAAUGCUUCAUCAGCACUUGAACACAAUAUCAGUACUUGGUUUCAGUAGCAAAAAUUCUGAUAAAACUGAAUAUUAUUCACAACUCGGCUGAAUGCACGGGGUUUGAUCACAAUGCACAUGCCCAAACUAUUUUACCAUUUUAUUUUAUUUUAAUUUGUGGCUGUUUUUUAUUUGAAGAACUUCUUUAUUUACGAAAUAUGUAACCCUUGUACAUCUGUAUGAAAAGGCUGUGAUAGCAGCAAACUGUAGAUGCUCAUAAUGGAAGUGUUUAUAUCGGACUGUCCUUCAUCUGAUACACAUGCAGUUGUUAUUUUGAUGGGGCUUAUCUGAAGAAACAGUUCAGCCAUCCUUUACACUGUUUAAAAGCAAAAAGAGCACAAUUGGAAGCAAAAUAAAUCUAUUUUUUAAAUACA